AUGGGCGACGGACGAGGCUUGCUUGCAAAAGUGCUCUCGUCCUGGCGAUGGUGUCCCUGGGGGAGUCGCGCACUCCUGGUUGGGAACAUGUUGCUGCUCUUCCUUCUCUACAUUGCCCACUUCCAGAGGGAGCUGGGGCACCGAGAGGCCCUCGAGGCAGCAGUUCAGGAUUUGCAGCAGGAGCUGUCAUCCACAACCAAGUCGCUGCAGGAUGCCAGGAACCAGGUGAUGGCCAUCAGCGAGAAAUCCACGAGGCAUCAACUGGACGCGCAGCUUUGCGAGAAGCGCAAUCAAGACGGUGCCAAGCAAAUGGAAGAAAUCCGGCAGCAGGAGCGCAAAUUGAGAUUGGCAGAAGAGGAGAAAGACAAGCGGCUGCGAAGUUGCUCAGAGGACUUGGAGUCGAGCUUGGUAGCUCUCAAUAUCUCCCGCGAGCAACAGGCCGCUUCUGCUCAAGCCGAAAGGUGCUGUACAUCCGUGCCGAUGUGCAACCUGUGCUUGAUGCGACGGUAA